AUGGCAUCUCCCAGACCUCUUCUGAUGUUGGCUCUGCUGGCAUGGGCAGUUCUGGCUGACCAAGAGUCGUGCAAGGGUCGCUGCACUGAGGGCUUCAAUGCUGAUCGGAAGUGUCAGUGCGAUGAGCUCUGCUCUUACUACCAGAGUUGCUGUAUGGACUAUGUGGCCGAGUGCAGGCCCCAAGUGACUCGAGGGGAUGUUUUCACCAUGCCCGAGGACGAAUAUGGAAUCCUCGACUAUCCUGAGGAGACCAGAGAGAACACUAGCACCCAUAUACAGCCAGAGGACCCCACCCAGGGCCCUUCCCUGAACAGAAACGAGGAGCUGAAUCCUGUUCGGACCCCUGAGGAAAAAGACCCCAAGCCUGAGAGGGUAACCCUAGGGCCUGAGGUGAUAACUCAAGGGGUGGAUACAAGUGACUCAAGGUUCACACAGACUCCAGCAGAGGACUUGUGUGGUGGUGCCCCUUUUGAUGCCUUCACCGACCUCAAGAAUGGUUCCCUCUUUGCCUUCCGAGGGUUGUACUGCUAUGAGCUGGAUCACACGGCAGUGAAGCCUGGGUACCCCAAGCUCAUCCGAGAUGUCUGGGGCAUCGAGGGUCCCAUUGAUGCUGCCUUCACUCGCAUCAACUGUCAGGGGAAGACCUAUCUCUUCAAGGGCAGUCAGUACUGGCGCUUUGAGGAUGGUGUCCUGGACCCCGAUUAUCCUCGCAACAUCUCUGACGGCUUCAGUGGCAUCCCAGACAACUUGGACGCAGCUGUGGCCCUCCCUGCCCAUAGCUACAAUGGCCGGGAGCGGGUCUACUUCUUCAAGGGGAAGCAAUACUGGCAGUAUGAGUUCCACAACCAGCCCACCCGGGAGGAAUGUGAAUACAGCUCCAUGUCCACUGUGUUUGAACACUUUGCCUUAAUGCAGCGAAGCAGCUGGGAGAACAUCUUUGAAUUUCUCUUCUGGGGCGGACUGUCUGGUGGUGCCAGUGAGCCCAUGCUCAUCAGCCAGGGCUGGCCCGGUGUCCCCGGGCAGGUGGACGCCGCCAUGGCUGGCCAUAUCUACAUCUCUGGCUCCGCCCCUGCCUCCUCCUGGACCCCAAAGCGCAAGACCGCACGUCGCAACCGCAAACGCUACCGGUCUCGGUCUCGCAAUGGUCGUGGCCGGAGCCAGAAGUCACGCCGGACAUCCCGCGCCCUCCUCCUGUCCUUGUUCUCCAGUGAGGAGAGCGGGCUGGGGACCUACAAUGACUACGACCUGGACUGGCUGGUGCCUGCCUCCUGUGAGCCCAUCCAGAGCGUCUACUUCUUCUCAGGAGCCAAAUACUACCGGGUUAACCUCCGCACGCGGCAAGUGGACACUGUGAGCCCGCCUUACCCCCGCUCCAUCGCCCAGUACUGGCUGGGCUGCCCAGUUCGCGGCCGCCGGUAG